CGUUGUAUUUGAUUCCGGCGGGCUCGACGCUUGCACCCCAAAUCGCCUUACGGUGUGUGUGAGAGAGUGAGUGUGUGUUAAGACUUGAACGGUUUUUUUGUAUGUCUUCGGGAAUUUGUUUCGACAAAAGCACCGGGAGAUAAAGGAAGGACGGUCGUGACGGAUUUAUCACCGUGGAUAUUUUCGGCACAUCUGAAGAUAACCGGGCUUUCACACCGAUUUUUAAAGACACACUUCGCUCGUCCCCCCGGUGCUGUGAUACAGGUGCUGUUGCCGUCCUCUCAGCUGUCGGGUGUAAGGAGGAGAGGAAGCAAAGAUGCCGAAACCGAUCAACGUCCGUGUGACCACCAUGGAUGCAGAGCUGGAGUUUGCCAUCCAACCCAGCACGACAGGAAAACAGCUCUUUGACCAGGUGGUGAAGACGGUGGGAUUGCGGGAGGUCUGGUUCUUUGGUCUUCAGUAUGUGGACAGUAAAGGCUACAUCACCUGGCUCAAACUCAAUAAGAAGGUGACUCAGCAGGAUGUGAAGAAGGAGAACCCUCUGCAGUUCAAGUUCAGGGCCAAGUUCUUCCCCGAGGACGUGUCAGAGGAACUCAUCCAGGAGAUCACCCAGAGACUCUUCUUCCUGCAGGUGAAGGAGGCCAUCCUGAACGAUGAGAACUACUGUCCCCCAGAGACCGCCGUGCUGCUGGCGUCAUACGCCGUCCAGGCCAAAUAUGGAGAUUACAGCAAAGAUGUGCACAAGGCGGGCUAUCUCACCCAUGACAGACUGCUCCCUCAGAGAGUGCUGGAGCAGCACAAGUUGACCAAGGAGCAGUGGGAGGACCGGAUACAGACUUGGCACGAGGAACACAAAGGAAUGCUCAGAGAGGACUCCAUGAUGGAAUAUCUCAAAAUCGCCCAGGACCUGGAGAUGUACGGCGUCAACUACUUUGAGAUCAAAAACAAGAAGGGCACACAGCUGUGGCUCGGCGUCGAUGCCCUCGGCCUCAACAUCUAUGAACACGAAGACAAGUUGACACCAAAGAUCGGCUUCCCCUGGAGCGAGAUCCGUAACAUCUCUUUUAACGACAAGAAGUUUGUCAUCAAACCUAUCGACAAGAAAGCACCAGAUUUUGUGUUUUAUGCCCCGCGCCUGCGCAUCAACAAGCGCAUCCUGGCGUUGUGUAUGGGCAACCACGAGUUAUACAUGAGGAGGAGAAAGCCCGACACCAUCGAGGUCCAGCAGAUGAAGGCUCAGGCCCGCGAGGAGAAGCACCACAAACAGAUGGAGAGGGCUCAGCUGGAAAACGAGAAGAAGAAGCGCGAAUACGCCGAGAAAGAGAAGGAGAGGAUAGAGCGUGAGAAAGACGAGCUCAUGGAGAGGCUGAGACAGAUCGAAGAGCAGACAAUGAGAGCACAGAAAGAGCUCGAGGAGCAGACCCGCCUGGCCAUGGAACUGGAGCAGGAGAAGAAGAGGGCGAGGGAGGAGGCCGAGAGGCUGGAGAGAGACAGGCGCGCUGCUGAGGAGGCCAAGGCGGAGCUCGCCAAACAGGCCGCAGACCAGCAGAAGAACCAGGAACAACUGGCGUCUGAACUGGCUGAAUUCACAGCCAAGAUUGCUCUCCUGGAGGAGGCCAAGAAGAAGAAAGACGAGGAGGCCACAGAAUGGCAGUACAAGGCCCUGUCAGCCCAGGAGGACCUGGAAAAGACCAAGGAGGAGCUGAAGACGGCAAUGACGGUGGUGCCGGCGCCUCCGGGCGGCAACACCGAGAGCGAGCAUGACGAGCAGGACGAGAACCACGCGGAGGCCAGUGCCGAGCUCUCCAACGAGGGCGUCAGCCAGCUUGACCUCCGCAGCGAGGAGGCUCGCGUCACCGAAGCGCAGAAGAACGAGAGGGUGAAACAACAGCUGCAGACUUUAAGUUCAGAGUUGGCCGAGGCCAGAGACGACACCAAGAAGACGCAGAAUGACGUGCUGCACGCCGAGAACGUGAAAGCGGGCCGAGACAAAUACAAAACGCUGCGACAGAUCCGACAGGGCAACACAAAGCAGCGCAUCGACGAGUUCGAGUCCAUGUGAGAACAACACCUCUAUCCCCUCCCCUCUAUCCCGCGCUUUCCCUCAUCAAAGGUGUGUCAGCUCCCGAACUCAGCGGCUGCUCGAUUUUCAUGGACAACAGAUGCUGCCGUCCUUCUCAACGCCCCCUCCAGGAGAAUCAUCUUGACAAAAACUGCCAAAGUCCUGCCCUUCGUCUCUCGUAAGGAGCUGCCUACACGCCACUAAGAGCGAGCAAACAUCUCCGUACUGCAGAGAUCGUCUCUGAUCGUCAAACCAAAAUGGAAGCUAUUGGAUUUUUUUAUUUGUAUUUUGAACAAACAUGGCCAUAGAAAGUCUGUUACUUUGUUUUUUGUUUGUUUUCGCUUGAAACUUGUAUGCAAAGGUUCAGUAUAACUCCACGUCUUCAGUUUAAAGUUACCUGUCCUCUCCUUGUUUUUAAAUGCUUUAGUUUGACUCGUUUUAUUGAUGACGCCCUUCUUUCUUUUUAGUUGUUCGUUGAACACGUCGAUGCUAGGUUUAGUCCCGUUUCCGUGACUAAAAAACUGGAGUUUUAGGGGAUAAAUUAAGUCACUAUUUUCUAUCGGCGUCGAAGCGCUGCUACGUUACGUUAUGUCAGAACAUAUCACAAGCAAAUUAUGCAAAUCUUAGAGAGCUGAGCUGAGAUCGUUUCACGCCAUUCACUCGAUUUAAAUUGUUUAAACGUUACAUGACACUGCAGUAUUUUAAUAGUUUGAUUUCAGGCUGAGUUGUCAGUAUUUUCUGUGAUUGGAAUUGAAGUGAGUCGACCCUUGAUAACUUGUUGCACAGCAGGUUUUGGUAAUUGAAUGUAGCAAAGGUAACAAAGGGAAAGUGCUUUCUUACAUGCACAGGUGAGAGGACAGCGCGCGAGCCAUCGCCCUCGAGCUGGAAAGUGAUAUGGACAUAAGCUAAAUGGUAGUCGUGUAGCCUUGCGUGUUUCCCCAGAUGCGGCCCAGCGUUUGACUCCCAGCCACCAUCGAUGGUUUUCUCUGCCUGCCAGCUCACAAAGGAACCCGGGGGACAGACAGAGGGACAGACACCUACCUGUCUCUCCGUCUGUCUAAGUGUGUGUGUGUGUGUGUGUGUGUGUGUGUGUGUGGAUGUGUGUAGCCCCGGCACCUCUCUGGCUGGAGAGCUUAUGAAAACAUCAGUUCCGGACUCGGGACAAAUCUCUACCUCAGUAAUGUUAGCAGUGGUGACUGACAGUCAAACACUGCAAGGCUGCUCCCUCCAUCCUCGAACAAACUGUAAGGUCACUCGGGUUUACUCGGCUACAUCCUUUGGUGGUGCUCACGGGCAGGCUAGCUCAGUUGCUUUGUGGCUGCGCGUUGGUUUUCAUUAAGGGUCCAUAUAGAGGUCAAAAAGUGUUAUUUCUUACAUUUAAAGUUAGUUUUUACACAGUGGUCUCCUUCUGUUCCUGGCCUUGGUCACUUUUGUCCCAAACAAUGAGGAAGCUGCGAAUAUCAGCACGGAGAUGUCCUGUAUAUGGAGAAUUUACUGACGGCAGGCCGGGUCUACAGAGCCAGAUAUAGUUUGCAGGCCUGCGGUAGAUUGAUGGGACUUGAGCGACUUGUGAAUAUGUAAAGAGAUAUUAGUUGUUAAUGUGAAGGGACGUUGCUAUUGCGAUCAAAUCUCUCCGGAAUCGAGCGGAGAGUCGGCCAAUUUCUUCCCCUAAAAGUCGUGUAAUUAAAUAAAUAAAUCUAACAUUGUGCUCAGACGUCAAACUGACUCCAUCUUUUGUGGGGUGGAAAAAAAAUGUUCCAGGGUGCGUUUUCUGAAAUGAGUGAACAUGAAGUUUUCUUUUUUUAUUAUUAUUAUUGUUAACUAUAUGGUGAAAAAUGUUUAUAUUUGUCAGGUGACACAUGACAGCUGGUGUAGGUUGAUAUUUUUUUAAUAGUUUUAAAGUUAAAGCACUUGUAUGAGACACUGAAGCCUGCCUUUUGCGUUUAACUUCAGUGUUAGCGUCGUGUUUGCCAUAGCAGGCGGGGAAUAAAUCAUCAUCAUGUGCUUCCAGCUCAUAUUUUUGUAUUGUUUUCAAAUGAACCAGCAGCACACAUCGCUCCGCCGGACAGCUUCACUGGAGGGGAAAACACUUGUUGACACCCUCCAACCCUCCCCCCACCACGUUUCAAGCUCUAAAGGCUGUCAGCUCGACUGUCGUUGGUCCGCCUGUCCCCUCCAAUGAAGCCAGUGUCGGUGACGAUGCCCGCUCUGGCACCAGCUGUCACGUUUUGCCGUUUAUGUUUUCUUCUUCCUUAUGUUUAGUUAUUCUUUAAGAUAGACGGCACGGAUGGAUUGCAUUCCAUUUCAUUGGUUCACAAAUAAAAGUUUUAAA